ACCUAAACAGCACUACCGUAUCAACAUCACACAUGGGCAACCUCUGCGGUAAACAGUCCAAAGACAACUUCGACGGCCCGGGGCGCACACUCGGUUCCGCGCCUGCGCCCACAACACGCGCAUCCGUACCCAACAAUGCCGCCGCCCCAAAGCCAAAAGUCGGAGGCCCACCGCGCACAUUAGGCGACAGCAAUAAGCAAGACGAUCCAAAAGCAGCCGCCGCCGCUGCAGCCGAGGCCCGUGCAAACAAAUCCACCUCCGGCGACCUCCAAAAGAAGCUCGACGCCCAGAAACGCCAGACAAAUAACCAGACCCUCCAACAAGCCGCAAACGAGAACCGUCUCGCACGAGAAGCAGACCAAGCGACCGAGACGAGGAAUUACAAUUAAAGAGACUCUCUCUCUCCCUGCCCUGUUCGAUUGAGAGU